AUGGUUUCCUUCAAAAUUGUCGUGUCUUCUAUCGCACUUUCUUCCGCGGUACUCGCAGCGCCGCCCCAGGCAAACUACACCAACCUCUGCUACAGCGACAUCACCAACAUUGACCACCACGUCAAAGAACUGACGGAAAAGGCUAAAAGCUUCAACGGCGGUCUCUUCUGGGCUCUGCCCCAGGUCCCACUUGCUCUGGAAGUAGCGGUGGCUACAGCCAGCGCAGGGCUGCACUCCGCCUUUCUUGCCCGUCCUCUCCCGGUGGCCGAUCUGCUGCGUCUUGUUGACCAUGUGAACAAGACGCUGGCGGUGGACGGUCCCCUCGUUUUGGAGACGUUUAUUUCAAAGGAGUCUGUGUAUGAGCAGACCGGGUUGAAGGCUCCUAUUCACCUGGGGUUGAAAGUGUACCUGGUUCUGUAUCAGCGGUUUGUGGAAAACAUUCUGGAUCGGGUGCCUGCUGAUGCUCCAAAGGACAGGGUGGAGAUUUUGAAGAGAGAUAUCCAGGUAAUUACUGAUUCUUUGCAGAAGACCAUCAAGGUAUACGAAUAG